GGUAAGUAAACAUCUGUUUUUGACAUCUCUGUCAUUGGUCCUUCAUUCAUUUCUUUGCUGUUUUAGCAAAAUAAUAGCAAUUUCCAAUAAAAAAAUUAGCAGACCACAAAAAGUGCAUUUUUUUCUCAAUACUUCCAUUUCCAUUGUCAUGGCUUCUAGCCAGUUUCAAGUUAAACCACGUUUUCUAAGGUGAACGUUUUCCUCGACACUUUCACAGUUCCAGGACAGGCAUUAAAAUGCAAAACAACCACCAUUCGGGACAUCCCAACUCCACGGCCAUGAAUAUGCGAGAAAAGGAGAAGUACAUUGAAAAUUUUAACUUUCCCUUUUGCGAGGAGGCCUCGAAGUACCAAAAAGUCGCCAAAAUCGGUCAGGGUACUUUUGGAGAAGUCUUCAAGGCCAGAGACAUCAACAACCCCAAAAAGUAUGUUGCCAUGAAAAAAGUACUUAUGGACAAUGAAAAAGAGGGUUUUCCCAUUACAGCUUUAAGAGAAAUACGUAUUCUACAACUCCUCAAACAUGACAAUGUUGUAAAUUUGAUAGAAAUUUGUAGGACCAAAGCUUCUGCUGCUAAUAGAUAUAGAUCCACAUUCUAUUUGGUUUUUGAUUUUUGUGAACACGAUUUGGCAGGGCUUUUGUCCAAUGUGAACGUUAAAUUUAGCUUAGGUGAAAUUAAAAAAGUACUUCAGCAAUUAUUGAACGGAUUGUUUUAUAUUCAUUACAAUAAAAUCUUGCACCGAGAUAUGAAAGCUGCCAACGUACUUAUUACCAAGCUUGGUGUCCUAAAACUAGCGGAUUUUGGACUUGCAAGAGCAUUUAGUACUAAUAAAAAUGGUAUGCCUAAUAGGUUUACCAAUAGAGUAGUGACUUUAUGGUAUAGGCCACCAGAAUUGUUGCUUGGGGAGCGUAAUUAUGGUCCUCCAGUUGAUUUGUGGGGGGCCGGUUGUAUUAUGGCUGAAAUGUGGACUAGAAGCCCAAUUAUGCAGGGAAACAGUGAGCAACAACAACUCACGUUAAUCUCGCAGCUGUGCGGCUCUAUUAAUCCUCAAAGCUGGCCUGGAGUUGAACAUUUGGAGCUUUAUAAAAAGAUGGAAUUGCCUCAAGAACAAAAAAGAAAGGUAAAAGAACGUCUAAAGCCAUACAUGAAAGACCCUUACGCAAUUGAUUUACUUGACAAACUGCUUGUUCUGGACCCAUCGAAACGAGCCGACGCUGACACUGCUUUAAAUCAUGACUUUUUCUGGACUGACCCGAUGCCUUGUGAGCUUGGCAAGAUGUUAGCCAAUCACUCCCAAAGUAUGUUUGAAUUUUUGGCACCCGCUAGACGAGCUACGCAGAUCAACAGACACCAUGCCAUCCCUAGGCCUACAACUUCAGCAGUGCAAGAUAGCGGGUACCAGGAUCGAGUUUUUUAGUGGAGGGUCAAUAAGUGAUUAGUAUUUUUUUCUUUUUAAUUUGUUUCCAAAGAAAUGCAAUUUAUAUUUUUUCUUGUUGGGUUAUUUUUUUUUUUUUUUUUUCGUUAGUAGGUUGACAAUAAUAAUAAUUGAAACUCAAUCAAUCAAAUUUAUUUUUCAAAAAAUUGAAAAAUAUUUGAGAUGUACUUGCUUAAAUAUAUACAAUGUAGCGGUUACAUUUUGUUGUUUGGAACUUAUGCAAGUCCAAUUCUAGGUUUAAAAAAAUAUAAAAAAACAUGUUUUUCAGACAUUUGAUUUUCUAUUUAUUAGUGAAAGCUCAAUAAGUGAUUAGUUCCCAUUAUUAUUAUUAUUUUUUUUGGUUAUUUUUUCUAAGUUCAGUUAAGUAUUUGGAUUUUGACUUUUUAAACUCAUUUUCUGACUGAAGCUAACUAGAACUACAUUACAUAUGCUAUGUAGUUACACAGAUAAAUUUUUUAUUAAAUUCCUAUGUUUUUGUUUUUGAUGUAAAUACAUAACUUUUCUACAUAAUAUGAAGUUUUUUAUUUCCAAGCCCAUUCUCUUCAUAAAGACGAACUACUGAGAAAUGAAUAAUUUUAUCAGUUGUGGAUAACAAUAAGCAAUUUUUUUAGAUUGAUGACUUUAAAAGGAGAAAAAUGAUCUGGGUGAUGGUGAUAUCAAAUUCAAUUCAAUACAAUAGAAUUCCAAAUUCUACAAUUAUGAUACCUUUGAGAGUAAGUAAAUCUCAACUCAUACCUUGUAGAAUGAAGGAGCAAAUAAGGUUUGAAAUAAAUUCUAGGCACAAAAAGAAAAAUUUUGAUAACUUAUUGAGUACAUUUUAUCUGGUCAAACCAUGAAAAGCCCUUACAUUACACCACAGUUAAUAUUUAUUUAAAUGAUUAAUAAUACAUGGACAAAAACUUAAGUUCUAAUUAAUUUUACAAAUAUAGAUAACAUAAUAGUAGAUAAUUCUAAAAUAAGGUUUUAAAACAAUUAAAAAAAAAUAUAUUUAGCCAAGCCAAUUAUGUGGUUUAUCUACUGGCCAAUUCAUUAGACAACCAAUCGAGACCCUCAUAUAAACCCGAUCCUGCAGUAGCACAGGUAGCCUGAAUGUACCAUUUACGAUUUUUCAUUGUGUUCAACAUCAAUUUAUCAGUUAGCUCAGCAGUCGACAUGGAAUUGGGCAAAUCUUGUUUGUUGGCAAACACUAAUAAAAUAGAAUUCCGUAAUUCUUCUUCUCCCAGCAUAUUGUGAAGUUCUUGUUCAGCUUCAGCAAUACGUUCUCUGUCGUUGGAGUCUACCACAAAAAUAAUACCAUCGGUGUUGGCGAAAUAGUGCCGCCAAAGUUUCCUGAUUUUGGUUUGGCCGCCCACGUCCCACACAGUGAACGAAAUGUUUUUGUAUUCUACAGUUUCCACAUUGAAUCCUAUGGUGGGUAUUGUUGUGACAAUUUCUCCGAGUUUCAGCUUAUACAGUAUGGUGGUUUUACCGGCAGCGUCGAGCCCUACCAUGAGUAUUCUCAUGGGUCUUUUGCUGAAUAAUCUUGUGAAUACUGAGGAGAUUGUCAGGCCCAUGGUUAGUGUUGUAGUUGAUUUGACUUUUCACAAAGAACUUCCGUUUUGUUGCUGUAUCACUAAAAGUUCAUCACAAAGGGUCACUAAGAAGAGUGCCAGGUUUGCUAGGAAAUUACUACGUAAAAUCGCAAUUUUUUGUUUGAUGUGGAAGAUGGGAAUGUGGCAAAUUUUUAUCUUCUAUUUGACUAAUGCAUAAAAAAUUUUGCUAUUACUACGUCUCUUUACAAUGUCAAAAUGAAACAAUAGAA